AUGCUGACCUUUCUUUCUCACGGAAGCGCAGUCGUUUUAACGUGUUUUAUCAUACUUUACUGUUUUUCUAACCGUAAUAUUUUUUGUACCACGUGUGUUUCAAAGCCUUGCAGAAGAAUAGGUAAGAAUGGUGACAAUUCUCAAAGCAGAAACCAACGUUUGCUAGACUUUGCUACGAAAGAAGUGAAGAGCUUUCGUUCAUAUAAUGCCUUUCCAGGUUCAUUGAAUUACUAUAACGGCUUACGCUUUUAUAUUCAUAUUAAUUCAGACUCUAUUGAACUAGCGGAAGGCUUACAGUGUGUAAAGCAACGCUUUCCUGAAUAUUUUGUACCAGAUGCGGGUGAAGACUUUCAAGCUGCAGUCAAGCUACUUUUUGUUCAAUCUUCACUGGAUCAGAAAGCACGUCGUCGCAUCAAAGUUACUGUUUCAGAUACAAAUCUGAUUACAAUAUAUUUCUCAGAAAGAAUAGAAGCAUUUCUUGCACUAGGACGUUUGAUGGUUGCAGCAAGAAAUGCACCUUUUGGUCCUGUCAAAAGUAAGCAAGCAUUAAUCACUGCUGGAAUGGAAUUCGAAAUUAAUGUUACAGUUGAAGAACUGGGUUUCAAAUUAGAUACUAGUUCAGGAGGGGUGCCUCAAAUGGAGAGGUUGCAAGAUUUAACUGUUUCCCUCUCGCUCUAUGGAUACGGAACACUAUUUAUUUACAUGGAAGAUACAUUUGUAGUAGAAAAUGAGCCUUUUUUUGGUUAUAUGCAGAAGCGCUUCACUUAUGAAGAUUUUGUUAUACUUGGUAAGACUGCAAAAUCACUAGGAAUAGAAAUUGUUCCAUCCAUCUUGCUCAUUGACGAUAUAAAGUCUCUCAUCAAUUGGCCAUUUUAUUCGUCAAUGCUCAAAGCUCCUCCGAAUAAUGAAGCAAAAUAUGAGUUACUUCAUCGUGUUCUACUUGCUGUGUCCGAACCGCUAGAAUCGAGACGCAUUCACAUAAGUAUUGGUGAGAAAACCCACGCAUAUUAUGUACAAAAAGUUUAUGCAAAGUGCUCUAAAUAUUUGGAACAUAUGCAAAUUGACAGAGAAUGUUUCAAUAUUGAGAUUGAAUCAUAUAGCAAGCAUUUGAAAAGAAUUGUUGAUAUCUCUAGAAGCUUAAAAAUUGUCCCAGUCUUCUAUACAGACUCAAUUGAAAUAUGUUACAAAGAGCAGAGUAUUAAUCGAGUGAAAUUUUCUGAAGAUUGCAAUGUGGAUAUAGAUACUGAGGCAUUCAUUCAAUUAAAUGAAGCUUUAGGUGAUGGUGAAAUUGAGUUUAUAUAUAGAAAUUAUGCUUUAGAAGAAAGUGCAUUCGAUAAGAAAAUAGUACUAUUGAGCUCUCUCCUGGAUAAUGAUGCAUUUCUCAAACAGAAAAGAAAUUGGAGUAUUUCCAUUAGCCUGUGGUCAUGGAACAGAUUUUGGGUUGCUUUAUACUGGUCAAUGAACAUGAUGGAAUCAGGAUUCAACGUAGCAUCGAAAAAUAAUGUAAAGCACGUUUACAUUACUGCGUGGUCGCACGAUGGUUCAGAGAUAUCAAUGGCUUCAGUCGAAGCUGCACUGGCUUUCUUUAGUGAGCUUGUACAUGCAAAGAAUGCGCAAAAUUCUCGAAGUGAUAUCAUGCAACGGGUAGACGAGUCAUUUAAAGUUUUGUUUCGCAGACCAGCUUCGUUCUCGGACAUGUUGAUUGCUUGUGCUCUCGAUCAACCAUCAGAAACCCCAGUCGGGUGGGGUACCACAAAUCUUGCGAAAUGGUUGACAUGGGAAGAUCCUUUGACAGCACAUCUAAAUCCACAGCUUGCAGAAACGAAUAUGAUUACACAUUAUAGAAUACUUACCGAUAAUCUCGAUACUAAAAUAUCUCAUUUUCUGAGACAGUUGAGAAUACUAGGAUCCGAGUUUGAUGGAAUAGAAUAUCACCCUUUGUCAUUUCCUGCAGCAGUAGCACGCUUCCUCCACAGAAAGCUCACUUUUUAUAAAAUGUUUUCUAUCUCUUACUCCAAAAAUGACAAGAAGCAAAUGGCAAAAUUAAUAGGAAGAAGGAUUGAUGGGACAAAGUUAUCGGAAGUCAGCGUUUUAGAAGAUUUGUUACUAUGUUUAAGUUCACUGCAUUCACUACAUCAUAGAAUAUGGAUGUUAGAGUUUGACCCUCUUGGUUGGGCGAAGAUUGAAAGUAGGUAUGGUGUACUUAAAAUUCGAAUAGAAUCAACAGGAAAAUUGAUUUAUUCAUAUCUUCAAGAUGAAAGCUAA